AACACUAUCGACGUGGUGCCAAGGAUAGACUUCUACAGCAAUACAGUUACCGGCGUCGGCGAGAAGCUGCUAAGACCCAGCCUGGCCCAACUGCACGAUGAACUGGAGAAGGAACUGUUCAUUGAAGGAGCUGCCAACAGAGGAGAAGGAGAAGGAAGUCCAUCCACAGGGGAGCCAAUUAUUCCAGCAGCAGAUGGCAGUGGGGCAGUGAAGUUUGACUGGAUAAAGGGAGUCCUGGUCCGAUGUCUCCUCAAUAUUUGGGGUGUGAUGCUGUUCAUGCGAAUUACCUGGAUGGUCGGACAAGCUGGCAUAGGCCUGACCACACUAAUUAUCCUCAUGGCCACUGUGGUGACCUUUGUUACUGCGUUAUCCACAUCUGCCAUAGCAACUAAUGGGUUUGUGCGAGGAGGCGGUGCUUACUACUUGAUCUCCCGCAGUUUAGGACCAGAGUUUGGUGGCUCCAUUGGCCUCAUCUUUGCGUUUGCCAAUGCAGUGGCAGUGGCGAUGUAUGUGGUGGGCUUUGCUGAAGCUCUUGAAGAUCUGCUGUCGGAGCAUGGAAUAAUCAUGGUCGAUAAAAUUAACAAUGUUCGCAUUAUCGGCACCAUUACUGUGACCCUUCUCCUGGGGAUCUCGGCAGCUGGAAUGGAAUGGGAGGCAAAGACCCAAGUUGUUCUUCUUGCAAUCUUACUUGUUGCUAUUGGCAACUUCGUUAUUGGUACUUUCCUGCCAAGUGACCAGGAGAAAAACUCAAAAGGAUUCUUCAAUUACCGAGCUGAGAUUUUUCUGGAGAACUUUCGACCCAGUUUCCAGGCGGAGGAGAAUUUCUUCUCCAUUUUUUCCAUCUUCUUCCCCGCAGCGACUGGUAUCCUUGCAGGAGUCAACAUUUCUGGAGAUUUACAAGAUCCACAAGCUGCUAUUCCGAAGGGGACGAUCCUGGCAAUUCUGAUUACAUCUUCUACGUACCUGGGAGUGGCCAUUUCUGCAGCUUCCUGCAUUGUACGCUUUGCUACAGGGAACUUGACUGACAUGCUGACACAUGAUGCAGUGACUAACUGUUCGACCACAGCCUGUACCCUGGGGUUUAACUUCUCUUCCUGCACAGAGAGGAGGUGUGAAUAUGGUCUGAUGAACAACUUUCAGGUUAUGACCAUGUUUUCAGCGUUUGGGCCCCUCAUUACCGCAGGGAUUUUCUCAGCCACCCUUUCGUCGGCACUGGCCUCUCUUGUUAGUGCACCAAAGAUUUUGCAGGCGCUGUGUAAGGACAAGAUUUACCCUGGACUCCACUUCUUUUCAGUUGGUUAUGGGAAGAAUAAGGAGCCUUUGAGAGGCUAUAUUCUAACAUACUUUAUUGCAUUGGCAUUCAUCCUGAUUGCUGAACUGAACACAAUCGCUCCCAUAAUUUCCAACUUUUUCUUGGCAUCUUAUGCUCUGAUUAACUUCUCCUGUUUUCACGAGUCAUUGGCUAAAUCUCCAGGCUGGCGCCCCGCGUUUAAAUAUUACAAUCUGUGGGUAUCCCUCUUUGGAGCAGGGCUGUGCUGUGGAGUGAUGUUCCUCAUUAACUGGCAGGCUGCACUGCUCACCUGCGGCCUCACCCUGAGCCUUUACAUUUACGUUACCUACAAGAAGCCAGAUGUGAACUGGGGCUCAUCCACACAGGCCAUGACUUACCUGAAAGCCUUGCAGCACGCCCUGUCCCUGUAUGGAGUUGAAGAUCACAUAAAGAACUUCAGGCCACAGUGUCUUGUCCUGAGCGGACCACCAUCAUCACGGCCAGCCCUGGUGGACAUCACGCACGCUUUCACACGAAAUGUUGGCCUCAUGAUCUGUGGACAUGUUCAUAUGGAAUCCCAGAGGCAGGCACUGAAGGAAAUACCUGGAAAUCAGGUGAAAUACCAGAGAUGGUUGGCACAAUACAAGAAGAAGGGAUUUUAUUCAGCAGUCUAUGCUGAAGACCUUCGGCAAGGUGCAAGGUGUCUACUCCAGGCCGUGGGCCUUGGCAGGAUGAGACCUAAUACUCUGGUCCUAGGCUUCAAGACAAAUUGGACUUUGACCAGCAUUGAAGAAGUGGAUUGUUACAUCAACAUUAUCCAUGACGCCUUUGACUUUCGGUAUGGAGUAGUGAUGGUUAGGCUUCCAGGGGGACUGGACAUCUCUCAGUCUCUGGAGCAAGAAAAUCAGAAGGAAGUUGAAUCUAUGAAUAGACCUCAGGCACAGCCACUCUUCAGCCCAGAAACUGAAUAUCAGUACUUCAAAAGUCACCCUCAAACUUUACCAGGGAUUGAAUCAAUAUUUCAAAAGAAACAGGGCAAAGGAAUCAUUGACGUUUGGUGGCUUUUUGAUGAUGGAGGUCUGACCCUGCUUAUCCCAUACCUCAUGAACAUGAAGAAACAGUGGAACGACUGUAGAAUCAGGGUACUUACAGCUGGCAAUAUCCACACCAUUGAUGAUGACAAGAGAAGGAUGGCAACGUUACUGAACAAAUUCCGUAUUGGCUUUUCGGACAUUGUGAUUGUUGCGAAUAUAAACAGUAAACCUGGUGCAGGGAGUCUCAAAGCCUUCGAUGAGCUGAUCAAGCCAUACAGGCUCCGUAAUGAAGACUUGAAAGGGGAGACGGCAAGAAAGACGGCUGUGGCGUGGAAAAUAUUGGACCAGGACCUGGAAAUGUUCAUGGAGAAGACGCAGCGUCAGAUACGACUGAAUGAACUGCUGCAGGAACAUUCCAGCUCUGCCAACCUCAUAGUGAUGAGCUUGCCCAUUGCACGUAAAGGGUUGGUGUCCAAUGCACUCUACAUGGCCUGGCUCGAAAUCCUUUCUCGGAAUUUGCCCCCAGUGCUUCUCAUCCGUGGUAACCACCAAAGUGUCCUCACCUUCUACUCCUAACGUGGUCUUGGCAGGGGCCUUUCUAGAGAGCCUGAAUAUCUUAGAUAGCUCUGGCACAAGGCAAUGCGAUAGGAAAACCUCAUGUAACAAAGGAGAACCAAAUUACCCCAGGAGCUUUGUAAUCUAGCAUGUCAGCACUGGGGUAGUGGAAAUUUGUUGUGCUUGGUCGUUUAAUGUUGUAGAUUUAUAUUGAUUCUUGUCUAGAGUAUGAGAACCUAUGCUAUCGUUGUGAGAAAGGAUGAAAAGAUCCUGUUCUGAUACUACUAAGGAUGAUGAAGACUGACUCAACUAGACUCAUCAGAAUAAGCCCAGCCUUCAUAUAUUAGUAUUUCAUUAUUAACUGUUUCUAGUUACUCUUCAAAAGUACUACCUGGUUUGAGUAUUCCACACACUCCAUGGAAGGGCCAGUGUGAUCUGUGAGUCUUCACUGGUGACUUUUUGUUAGGUUGCUGAUAACUGUAAUGGUCUUGUGAAGAGUUGUAACUGUCAUUUAGAAACAAACAGGUUAAUCAAAGCAAAUCAGUGUGGAUUUAUAAGAGAAGUUGUGCCUGAAAUUUUUCAGGCGAUAACAAGUAAGUUCAUAGAAGGUAUCCACUGGAUGUAAUCUACGUGGAUUUCAGCAAGGCACCUGACAAAGUUCCACAUGGCAGAUAUGGUCAGAAAGAUAAAAGCCCAAGGGAUCCAACUGAGAAAGACAAGUUGGAGUUAAAAUUGAUUCAUUGGCAAAAAGCAAAGGGUAAUUGUUGAUGGUUGCUUUGAUGAUUGGCAGCCACCAACCAAAUUGUGGCCCAGCUUCAUCCACAUGACCCAGUGCUCAGUCACCAUCAAGUUGACCAGCCAAAUGAUCCAGUGCUACGUAUCUGGUUUUGGGAAUCUUGAUUUAAUUAUAUAUUGGGCUUUAAUGAAUGGCCAAGUUUAGAUGAUACAGAAAUCACUGUAUGCUUAACAGUGAUGUACAAAAAUAGAUUGCAGGGAGAUGACAACAAACUGGCCUGUUGGGAUGGAGAGUGGAAAAUACAAUUCAUUUUAGGUUGCAUUAAUAUACUUAAAUAAGUGGUAGAUAUUAGAAACAAAGGAAAUUGAGUGCAUGGUUGUAGGUUCAUGGAGAUAACUGAAUAGACAAAGGUAGAUAUAAAAUGUAAGACAUCACAUCAUGCCAGUUCCCUAUAUAGCAAUAGUUAGGCUCAAGCUGGAGUUCUAUAUACAGUUCAGGCCACCAAAUGACAGAAGGGAAUAGGCAAGAGUUACAAUAUGAAAAACUUUAGUCAAGAACAAUGAUUUAUUCAAUUGGGAUUGCUUUCUUUGGAAUGGAGUGAAUGGAAAAGAGUGAGUGGACUUUUGUCUGGCAUGAUCAAAAGAAGGAAAUUAGCCUCCAUUGUGCCUUAAAUUUUCUGAUUCUGUGAUAAAAUUAGAGGUGAUUCCUGUUAUAAAACUAUUUGCACCUUAAGCGUGGAAUGAUUUUGUAAGUUUGACUGAACGGGAAAAAGUUAUGCAUAAACUCUCAUCACUUUAAGAAAAACACUUGAUGAAUGAGUCCAGAUGAAUACAGGGAUCUAGAUCAAAUACUUUGCCUUGUCCUUGCACUAGAAAUCACUACUUCAGCUGCCAUGGAUCUGCUGUGUCAUUAACCUCUGCUCUUUAAUUGGCUUCAGUGCUUUGCAAAAUCAGGCUAAUCCAACAUGACUUUUGUUACAUCCACAAGCUGUGUGCCACAUGUAACUUUCAGGACCUGGAUGAAUUAAUUUUUCAUUAAUGGACGGACUGAGUGGCUGUUGAUUUUCUUCAAUUUGUUCCCUAAUUUCUAGCUUCAGUUCAAUGGUUCUUGGUCCGUGGCCAUUUUGCAAGGAGAUGAACAAACAACUUAGAAGACCACCUCGUUACUUAGGAGAAAGUGGCCAUCAGGGUCAGGUACAAUGUUUUGGGAGUGAUUACUCCACUCUCUUUCCCAUGGCUGCGAACGCACUUGGGGAUUCCUAGAUGGGAAGCCUAGGGGCCCACUUGAAGUUUUCUGUGACUAAGUUCAGUUUGGAUUGGUAUGACGUGCAAAAUAACACAUUGACUUAUCCCACGAAUAAUUUAGGAUUAUUGUUGGUGAACUGUUAGAAUUCACAUGGGUAAAUUGUAUUCCACAACCCAACCUCCAAGGUUAAGCUGGUGAAACAAAUCGUUUUUAAAUUCUGUCUGCUCCCUGUGCUUUUAUUGUAAUUGAAUAUCUGUCUCAGCAGAAAAGUAACUUAAAUUGAUUCCAGAGGUGUUUGCGUCUUGCACCCCUCCUGCACCUGAUGUGCUCCAUUGUCUUCAGAUUUUAUUCACUUGCAGAUGAUUUAAGGCAAACUUCCUGACAAAUGGCUCCUAAUUUUUGAAAAUAAAUGUUGACUACAAUUAAUUCCUGUCAGCAAUAAUGGGAAAUGCUUAACAUGAGGCUCUUCCUAUUUUAACCAGGAUGCACUAAAUCUUAACAACAAUUAGUGUUGGGUUUGAGGUACCGCAGAUCAUGUUUGAUGUAGCAUUGAAUAUUUUAUUGCCUAUAUUAUGCCCUAAUUUUCACUAGAUGAGCUUUAUGACGAACAAGUAAGCUCCUGUUAUCAUUUCUGAUACUGGCUUUUAAUUCCAAAAAAAAGUAAGUCCUGGAGCUGAAGGAAAGA